UAUUAGUAACGGGGGCUGGGGGUUAUGAAGCGAAUAAGUGGGUUGUUUGUCGUGCCCACCACUACAAGAACAAGAAACCAAGCAAGAACAGUAGAAGCCUUCAGUCAGAACACUUACAACGUAGCCGCCUACACGGACUCGGGGCGAGUUAAAAAUGUUGCCGCUGCAUAUUUGGCUAAGUAGAGAGAAGGUGAAUUUAGAAAACAAUUCCACUGCAUGGCGGCACUUUCAGAAUUGCCGAUUGGGUAUCAACUCUUGGGAAAAAAGUUUACAGUGCACGAUCGCUGAUGCAGUUAGUCCAGUCAUACAUAUCGUGUGAUCACUUAAAGUGUCGCCUGCAACGUUUUAUAAAGCGGUGCUCAACGUUAAAUGCGACUUUUGCACUUCAGAAGUAAGAUUGUCGUACCGAAAAAGUUAACAUACAACAUCGGUAAAUAUGAAUAAACCACCCGUCCUAACGCAUAGCGAAUCCAGAACAAACAGCAAUUAAUUGUUUUAAAUAAAAUAAACGAUAAACAUGUCUGAUGCAACUAGUUAUGGGCGUGGGCCCAGAAAUGAAAAAAAAAAAAAAAAGAAUCGGAGUGUUCAUCGCUACGAUCGCUUGAAAGGAGACUGCGGAUUUUAGGUUUAGUUACACUGUUCAGGGUUUGUCAUUUUAAUAGCCCGCGCUGUUGUGGUAUAUGAAAAGACCCUGAAAUAUCAAGUGUAGUACUUUUGGCUAGGCACGCCUGCAGCGGAGAGUGAACUUUUAACCCGGCAAAGACAAGAAGAGGAGCGCCGGCAAGGAGGGAGCAUGCGGAGCUCGUACAGUGAUAAAGUUGUCCCUGAAACACCGCUUCAGUAUAAGAGCAGAUGGUGGUCUAUUCGGAUCAUGUAUCUCACAAUGUUUCUCAGCAGUGUGGGAUUUUCAAUUGUCAUAACAUCAAUAUGGCCAUAUCUGCAGAAGGUUGAUCAAACGGCAGAUGCCAGCUUCCUGGGCUGGGUGGUUGCAGCAUACAGUCUUGGACAGAUGUUGGCUUCACCUAUUUUUGGAUGGUGGUCCAAUCACCGACCAAGAAAAGAACCACUUAUUACUUCAAUAUCUAUUAAUGUUGCUGCUAAUAUACUGUAUGCAUAUGUGCAUCUUCCUUCAUCUAAAAACAAAUACUACAUGUUGAUGGCUCGAGCAUUUGUAGGAAUUGGUGCAGGAAAUGUGGCUGUGGUACGGUCAUAUGUUGCUGGAGCUACUUCAGUAAGAGAGCGGACUGGUGCCAUGGCCAACAUGAGUGCUUGCCAGGCACUUGGAUUUAUUUUGGGCCCAGGUUUUCAAGCUGCUAUGGCUUAUAUUGGCGAGCAAGGAAUUACCUGGGCUGCUGUAGACCUCCAAGUCAACAUGUAUACGGCACCUGCUUUGCUUGGAGCAAUACUUGGAGUUGUAAAUAUUGUAUUGAUUAUUUUAAUAUUAAGAGAGCAUCAUGUUAAUGAUCUUGGGAGAGAUCUCAAUUCAAUUAAUGAUGUUUCAGAAGAGCGUAUCCAGGCAGGAGAAAACACAGAUGGAAAGAUUGAUCGUAUGGCUGUGUUAACAUCAAACAUUAUUUUUUUUGUUGUUCUCUUUGUGUUUGCGGUGUUUGAAACGAUAUCUACUCCAUUAUCUAUGGACAUGUAUGCCUGGAGCAGGGCUCAGGCUACCUUCUACAAUGGCAUUAUUUUGGCAUCAAUUGGAGUUGAAUCUAUAUUUGUGUUUUUGGCUGUGAAAAUUGUAUCCAAAAGAACUGGAGACCGUGCCAUUCUUCUUGGAGGGCUUUUCAUAAUUCUUUGUGGAUUUGUCAUUUUGCUACCUUGGGGAAAUACAUUUCCCAUGUUGCAAUGGACAGAUGUUAGGAAUGCAACAGACCUUCAAAGACCCCUCGAUGGCAUUGUAAAACUGACCCCAAAUAUGCCAAACCACACAAGUGAAUAUGUUGGCUGCCCUGUCCGUCAGAAGUGGUGCCUGUACACUCCUGCUAUCCAUUUGGCACAGUAUCUUACAGCUGAUGUGCUUAUAGGAGUGGGUUAUCCUGCCUGUAAUGUAAUGUCUUAUACACUGUAUUCUAAAAUUUUAGGACCAAAACCUCAGGGUGUCUACAUGGGAUGGCUAACAGCAUCAGGAAGUGGUGCUCGGACAGUUGGGCCUGUAUUUGUAAGUCAGGUUUACACAACCUUGGGACCACGGUGGGCCUUCAGUAUCAUAUGUGUGCUCGUUGCAGCAACUGCUGCCUUUCUUUGUGCCACUUACAAAAGACUGAUUGCCUUCUCAGUCAAGUAUGGACGGUAGAAUAAUGAACUGGAUGUACUUGAAGCCAUUUUAUGAAGCACUUUUAUGAAGACCAGAUCGGAGCAGCUGGUUUGUAGACUGUGAUAUAAUUUUACCUUUAAGUCACUUUAUCUUUUAUAUUUACUAAUUGGAUAUUUCUGUCCAAAAAAUAACUACAUGCAUCAUACCUGUGAUUUUUUUUCAUAUUUUCAGUAAUCUCUGCAUUGUGCAUAGUAUACAACUGUGAUCUUAUGCAUUAGGCAAUGAACCUAAAUAUUUACUCACUGAAGAUUUUACUGUGUUUUUAAAUUGAAGCAAAACAUACAUUGUUUCCUGGUGAUGCAUACCUGUGCAGUAAGAGUAAACUUAACUUCAGCAUAAUCUGGAACACAGUGAAGGAAUAUUCAAAAUGAGUAUAUUGCACAUUAAAAUUCCUCAUCUUAAUACCUUAAUUUUUUGUUUUAUAUUAGCACACUAAAUUACCAUGAAUCUUUAGAACUUUUAUGUAAUGUACAGUAUGUAAUUUGACCCCACCUAUUUUUCUCCUUGCUGUUUUUUUAGAAUCCUGUAUUUCAAAUGUCUUUUCACUGCUGUUCAGCCCUUGUGCUUCUCCUCUUUCAGUCCUGGUUUUGUUUUUGUUUCUUCUAUCUAUCUAUCUAUCUAUCUAUCUAUCUAUCUAUCUAUCUAUCUAUCUAUCUAUCUAUCUAUCUAUCUAUCUAUCUAUCUAAAUUUACCUUCUUCACUGAUAGCGUUGCAUACUACUGAGAAAAGACUGGAAUCAUUUGUUCAUAGUACAAAGCACUUUCAAGAGUAACGGAGUAUCCUGAUAAAUAUGACUUAUAAAAGCUUUAAGGUUUCUGUUUAUAUAUUAUCACAGUUUGAACAAUGCAAACUAAUGUGGAGUUGUUACAUUCAGGAUGCUCAGUUCUUUAAAGUAGUACCUCAUAUUUGACAAUUUCAGGUCACUUUCACAGUAAUAAUUGUCAUCAGACUCUUGGCAAUCAUGGCCCAAGUGAUCACCUACAAACACAUUUUUUUUACAUUAUUGACAUGUGGCUACUCGAGAACAGCUGUCUUGUUGCCAGCAGUAUAAACGUUGGUUCAAUUAUAGGCAGGACCAUUUUGUUAGAUCACUGUUUUCCACAGAUUUUAUUAUUAUCUUGUUCAACCAUAUCUGUAAGUAAAACGUAAUCAACAAGGAAAAGGACACUUGGACUGCUUUUUAACACUUGGUUGUUAUUUAUAAAUGAUAUAACUUUUACCAGCAUUGUCCAUCAUCAUCUCUGUAAUCACCAAAUAAAGAGAAUGGGUUUUAUUUUUUCA